AUGGUGUCAAGAGCAGUUUCCAUGGGCCUUCGUGCCUGGCAGUUAAUCUGCGCCAUCCUCGUCACCGCGUUCAUGGGUAACAACAUUGCGCGUGCUUGGUCGGGUGUGCACUCCAUCAUCAACUAUUCGCUCUUUGUCGGUGUCUGGUGGUUGUUCACUUUGCUGUACUUCCUACCUACAUCCUUCAUCGAGAAGUUCAGCAUCCCCAUCGUCGACAUCGCGAUGGAUGCGCUCAGUGUGCUCUUCGGCUUCUGCGCUGCUGUUGCUCUUCCCGCAUACAUUGGCGCACACAGCUGCUCGAACAGCGCAUACACCCACUCCAACAGCGUCCUCAACAGCUCCGCAAACACCGAGCAGAACUGCCGUCAGGCCCAGGCCACUACUGCUUUCCUCUGGUUCGGAUGGGCUGCAUUCGUUGCUACCCUGGCCCUCAACAUCAUGAACGGACGCGGCAGCGGUGCCAACCUUCGCGGUGGCAUCCGCCGUGGCGGUCCCGCCAUGAGCCAGGUCUAG